GAUUUUUUUUUGCUGCUACUCUUCUCGCGUGCCUCUUUCUGGGGUCUCUGUGUGUUCCCGCGGGCUGAGCCAAUCCGAGGAAGAAGAGUCUCUUGCGCUACUUUGUGGCCCCCGGGUUUGGUGUUGAAGACUGUGAAGAAAGAUAGGCAGUGAUUGCGAAUUUUUCCUGCUUCUGGUGGCUAGAGAGCUUCGGAAAGUUGGGCGUUGUGCUCAGAACCAAUCGAACGGUGUCCGGGAGUUGAAGUGUUUUGCGAGUUUGAGUCCGUACGUGAAAAAGAUUUAUGGUGAAGUGCCCGCUCCCUAGGAAUUGACCUAUCGAUCUCUGUGAUAGCGGCCAGCAGCAGUGAACUAGUUCAGAACCAGAAGCGUUUUGUUUGCGAAAGAAAAUAAAAAUAGAAAAGUGUUUUUGUGCUUCUGCAGGUGAUUCCAGUUCGAUUCGACUCGUAAUUCAAGUUCAUCAGCUCCAACGAAACGAUACAAAGCGAAAGCAGAGGAAGCUCAAGUUCAACGAGAUCCAACAGAUAGCCGAGAUGAAGUUUUCAUUAGUGACGUGUGUGCUAUCGGUGCUGGUGCUGAGUAUAGAAUGUCGACCCCAGACAGUGCAGAUCCAGGAGCAAAUCAUGCGGCUGCUACCUCAGCAACGUGUCCUGGAACCGCUGAUGGAGCAACGUGGUUCCGCGGAAGAAACUCGCCGUAUCUUAGAAGAAAUCGACCGAAUAAACGUCGCCAUGGGCUACAAGAAACCACCCCAACCCGUCGUUUUCCCCCGGAAUCAACCCUUCAACGAGGGUUAUUUUUUCCCGAGACCCGUCUAUCAACCACUGAACUUUAAAUCCGUAGUCGCUCGACCCGGCGGAACAAGUCCGGCACCGAUGUUUAAACACUUGGCUGCUGUCACUGCUCCGGAACAAACUUUACCGGGCGCAGGACCUGUUGAUCCGUUCCGAGCUCAGGUUUUCUACUACCCAGCUCCCUAUAUGCACCUCCCGAUGCCAGACGCCCCAAGAGCUUUUCACGUUAAACAAACUCGAGAACUUAUGCCCAAAAUCUACGUCCUUCCGAUUGUUGUUCCAACUCCCGAUGGAAAGUCCAGCCAGAUUCAGUACGUUCCCAGUACGAUUGAUUUCAACAAGGCACUGGAGUUGAAACCGAAAGCUAGAGCUGUUGAAGAGACUCCAGCAGCAGUGGUGGAACCAUCGCCCAAGAAAUCGAAAGGAGUUGUGGAUGACUUGGCAGCGGCAGUUGUAGAUGAUACGGUCGAAGAAGAGCUGCUGGACGAGAUGCUGGAUGCCGUUGGCUAUGGCGAGGAGGAUGAGCAAGAUGAAAAGCAAGAACAAAUCGCGCCGGGAGUCGAAGAUGAACCAAUUUUGACGAACGAUAAGUUCAUCAAUAGUCGGAUAAGCUCGAGCGAGGAAAACGAUGACGAUGAGGAUGACGACGUUGAACCGGAUGAAGAUGCCGAUACGGAUUUGGAGAUGGUGAUUCUGAACAAGGGUACCAGUGGGAGAGCGAAAAGUUUCAACAUUUCGGCAACGUUUCAAAAUUUUACCAACCGAUUCAGCCUGCAUCCAUCAAGCGCGAAUCCAGUCAAUUUGGACGACUUGAAAGAAAUUCCCGAUAUGUCCGACGCACCUUCGGAUGAGAAGAGUCCUUUUGGUUUGUUCAAUCGGCAGAGCGAUGCCGCUCCGGCUAGCGGUUUGGUUAUUCAAAGGUUGAGAGUCCGUCAAGGAGGAAUCGCCAUUGCUGGACCAGGUGGAGUGGCCACGGCCGGAAGUGGUGGAACUGCCAUCGUGGGACCAAACGGAACAGCCAUCACCCAUCCAAGAAGUUUAACAAUCGCAGGACCGGGAGCAAAAAUUUAUGCCGUACCGGAAACAGUUGAUUUGGGGCAAACGAUCAAUGCAACGACGAAACAACGGAGUCUUUCGCUGGAUGCCGUCCUGGUGGCCAGUGGACCUGUUGUUUACUAUCGGAGUCUUCAAUCGUUUCCCUCACCCUACCUGCUAGCUCCCGGUUCCAAUGUUAACCUGAACUACCACCCACAACAAAUGGGAACCAUUUUCCCUUAUGGACAACAAAGUCCCGGAUAUUAUGGCGGUGGCCUCGGCGAAGUUCCGGUUCAGCUGAUCCCUAGCAGUGCCUUUGCACCGCACCCAUUUGGACGUGUUCCACGAGUCCUGAGCACCAGUCCAAUCCCUAGCCAGGCAACUACCCCGGUACAGAUGACACAAAAUCCGAUUAAACUGACUGAUGGAGGCUUCCGGCCAAUCGCUCCGCAAAGUUCAGCUUUGACCCAGUCUAGUGGAUUUCGUCCGGUUGUUCCAAAGGCGUCAGCAACUAGAAUGAUCAAAUUGACUAGUGGGCCAUUACGUUCGAUAAGCCCUCAACGAUCUCAGAAGAAGCCGAAACGAAUUAUGAGUGCUCCCUACAUUCAGGCACUGCAACAAUCGGACAAGCGAUUCAAGAUACAGAAGAUUCAAUUGGCACCAACGAAACUACAGUAUCCGGUUCCGAUCAAAGUAAAGCCAGUAACCACCUUAAAAAGUAAACCAACAACUACAAAACCUGUAAAACCAGUGAGUCAAACAGUCCGACCAGCUCCAGCUAAGCUAAUAGCUGAUACAACACCAGCUCAACAAGUGCUAGUGACGGCAACGGGUUCAACAGCCGCCGAUCAACCGAUCCCAAGGGUCCCGGUCAUUCCAGUCCUAACCGAUAGCAUUCCCUUCUACGGAAUCCCCCUAACGGACAACCGAGACGAGGCCUCCCUCAUUCUGGAACCGAAUUCCCGGGCCGUGUCCGGAAAUGGAGGAACCGCCAUAUCCACACCAGUGUCACACGCAAUCCUAAAGAAAGGCAGCUCCACCAAGAUUCUAUUUCGACCCCAAUCGGUCGCCAUCGUGGGGGCGAAUGGGAAGGCACACGCCCAAGCGGAUCUGAUAGUGGACUAUGAACUUCUCAAGGUCCCACUGUCCAGAACAUUCUCGGAACCGGAACAUCGCCAGGCGACGGACGUGUUGAAACUGCCCUUCUAUGGGGGAGCCCGAGGACAAAUCCUGGAGAUCCGGAAGAACUCCGAUGGAACAGUGGUGAGCAAAAUCCUUCGUGGUGAAGAUGAUGAAAUGGAACUAAAAGUCCAUCAGCUCGUAGACGAUCUGAAGAACAACGAGGAGAUUCUGGCCGAGGACGAGGAAAUCAAGGCGUCGGAUCAAUCCUUUGGGGACUAUCUGCUGAACAUCCAGAAGGCGGCCGCAUCGCUGGUGACGCUCCAGGAACAGGUCAAGAAGUCGGGCAAACUUUCCGGGGAUCAGAAGAAGGUCUACACCGAAAAUCUGGAGAAGCUCGGAGUAGCCGCCCAGAAGUUGGCCCAAAUUCAACAACAGGAAGACGAUAACGAUGCUAUUAAGUUCCUUUUCGAUACAGAAUACGACCAAUCGCCGGCGGAGAAGGGAGACAAGAAGAAGACGACGUACAAGAUCACUUCGUUCCCCGGCUUCAAGGGCAAGGAGAGCGAGGAUAAGAUAACCAAGAAGAAGGAGGAAGAGGAAAAUGUUGGAGAGGAAGAGGGAGCCACAAGCACCAGUGGAGAUAGCGAUAGUGUUCAGGUGCACUCACCCGAGAAGGAAAAUUCGAUCGCCGAAGCUAAGCCCGUUGGUCUUGCCAUUGCCGGUGAGGGAGGUGUUGCGUCUUCGAAGCCCGUUGCCACUGCCGUCGUCGGAGAUGGAGGUCUAGCCGUAGCUCGCCCGGUGGCAACUGCCAUUGCCGGAAUCAAGCCAAGCGAACUCGGCUCCCUGGGACUCCCGAUUGCCGUCAACAAGAAACUCAUCACCAAGGGAAAGUAUGGACUGGUAACGGCUGAUCAGGACGCUACUGCGGGUUUGCUGGUUGGGCCAGGUUUCCAGGAAGCUCGCGUUUCCCAGAACGAAAUCGAAGCCGAAAUUGACGAUGCCCGUCAACAGGUUGUGGAAACUAUGAUCCCUCAGUUUGAUACUGAAAAGUUCUUGGCAGGGCUGAGAUUAAAGGCCAAACAACAACAGCAAGUUCAGCAGGUUCAACAACCCACCAGCUUAGGACAACCCCAGGUCUUGCCCUUUGGAUCCUCCAAUAUCAUACCCCAAUCGUAUCCUUUCGUGAGUGAUUACGUGUCGGCGCCCCAAUUUCCGGUCUAUACCCCGUACAUGCCCUACUACAGCUGGAAUCCGUACAACUCGCUAGCCUACAUGGCUGCAGCCUAUCAACAGCAACAACAGCAGCAGCAGCUGGCAUUUCAGUCCCAGUACAAUCCCUACGUUUAUGCCACGACGGCCGCAGCCGCGCCGCCCUCCUUUCAGCAAUAUGAUUAUCCUCAACGAGCUUUUUACACCGCCGCAGCCGCAGGAUCCCUCACGCCAACCCUGGCCGGAACAGCCGCAGGAUCGGCCGCUGCUUACCCGAGUUAUUACAAUUAUCCAUCCUACUCAACCCCGUCGCCAUAUAGAUUUUUCUACUAUUAGCUUCCUGAUCCAUCCGCCAGGUGGCGGUGAGCCUUACAUUCUGAGCGUCACCUCCAAUGGCCGAUAGUUGAAGGCAGCUGGCAACUGAAAAGACUUAAAACCCACUCCCCCCCUCCCUCAGUCAUCCGGAAGCACGUGGAUUGCCUUCGAGAAUCCAAAAACGAGAGAAAAUCGAGAAAAAAAAGUUUCAGUCAAAAGCUUGGGGUGCAUUUUGUAGAUCGUCCCAAGAAGAUUUAUAGAAAAAUAUCCAAUCAGAGGCAGAGCCUUUUCAAGGACAUAAAUCAAUUCCAACCCGGGAGGAAAGAAUCGUUUUGGCGAAGAUCUACGAGACACCACUAAAGUUGUUAACACUCUAACGCUAGAAUAUUACUUUAAAUAGAAACUCAUAAAGGAAAAUUGCAAAAAAAAAUACUUAAGAAGGCACUUCCGGAUGAGUUUUGAAUCGAUACAAAAACAAUGUUUAGGUUAAGCUUCAAAUCGCUUUUGGAAAGCGAUUUCUUUGAUGAAUUAUAAAUAAAUUCUCUAGAUAGAUCGACGAAUGCAGAAUGCUUCUACAAACAUAAAUAGCAUUUUAGGUUACUAGCCGUAAGUUCUUGUGCGCGACAAACAAACUAAAAGUGAUAAGUAAACGGAACUAAAAGAAAAAAA